AGAGAGAAAGGUCUGACGGAGGAGCGGGAGAGGCGGGGCACCGUGGGAUCCUGCUCCAGGAGCCGAGCCUCGGGGGCCUGACAGAAGGCGAUCGUCAGGUCAGCUUGCAAAGCCCAAAGCCUAGAACCAGAGGGAAUGGCCCCUGGCACCCAGAGAUGCUCAUCCCAGGAGUUGGUGACAUUCAAGGAUGUGGUUGUGGACUUCACUGAGGAGGAGUGGUGCCUCUUGGACCAUUCUCAGAAAAAGCUGUGCAUAGAGGUCAUGCUGGAGAAUAUCCAGAACCUGCUGUCCCUGGAUGUAGAGACCAAGUUUGAAGCAAAUGAAAUAACUAGAAAGCUGGGAAUUUUUGUGGAAGGAUGUGACCUGCAAAGAUUCAUGAGUGAUGCCCCCUGUGACUUCCAUUUGAGAGAAAUCCAUGACUUUAUUAUCAAGGAAGAUGAAAACCCAAAGAGUGACUGUGAAUUUGAUGAAAUUGGAACAAGAUUCAGACUGUCUUCAAUCCUACAUCACUGUAAGAAAAUUAGCUCAGGCAGUGACUGUCCUCCAGAUAUUGAAUAUAGGAAAUGCUUUACUGAAGAGGUAAAGUUUUUUCAGUCCCUGGAGAAGGCUCCCAGAAUGCAAAUGUAUCCUGGUAAUCAGUGGGAGAUGGCUGUGAACUGGAGUUCAGACAUCAAUAAACAGAAAAGUGAUACUGGAGAAAUGCUUUCUGUAAGUAAUAAAGGUGGGAAGGCCUUGAUUCAGAGCUCUAAGCUCAUCACUCAUCAGCAAUUUCCCACUAGAAAAGAGUCUGAGGAAUAUGAGUGGGAAACAACUUCAUCCUACCAAUCAUCUAUUCCUUGCCAGCCUAGAUUUCAAGGAGAAAUGAAAAGAUAUGCAUCUGUUCAGUGUGGGAAGACCUUUGGUUGUAACUCAGAUCUUGAUAGACCUCAGAAGAUUCAUACUGGGGAGAAGUUCUAUGAACACAAUGAAUGUGGGAAGGCUAUCUGCUUAUCUCUCCUUAUUGGCCUUCAGGGAAUCCAUACUGGAGAGAAACUUAUUGAAUGUAAUCAGUGUGGAAAAAUUUUAAGAAAUAAAUACACUCUUGCUUUACAUCAGAGAAUACACACUGGAAAGAGAAGUUUUGAAUGCAAUCAGUGUGGAAAGGUUUUCCCACAAAGAGGCCAUCUUGCUGCACAUCAGAGAAUCCACACUGGAGAGAAGCCUUAUGGAUGUAAUCAGUGUGGAAAGGCUUUCAGCGUGAGCUCCAGUCUUAUUUCACAUCAGAGAAUUCACACUGGAGAGAAGCCUUAUGGAUGUAAUCAAUGUGGAAAGGCUUUCAGAAUGAGCUCCAGUCUAACUGCACAUCAGAGAGUUCACACUGGAGAGAAACCUUUUGCAUGUAAUCAGUGUGGAAAGGCUUUCAAACAGAGGGGCCAUCUUUUUACACAUCAGAAAAUCCACACUGGAGAGAAACCUUUUGAAUGUAAUCAGUGCGGAAAGGCUUUCAUACAUAAGAGCAGUCUUAUUACACAUCAGAAAUUCCACACUGGAAAUAAGCCUUUUGAAUGUAAUCAGUGUGGAAAAGCUUUCACAGAGAACAGCGCUCUUACUAAACAUCAGAGAAUCCACACUCGAGAGAAAUUUUUUGAAUGUAAUCAGUGUGGAAAAACUUUAAGAAAUAAAUACACUCUUUCUUUACAUCAGAGAAUGCACACUGGAAAGAGAUGUUUUGAAUGCAAUCAGUGUGGAAAAGCUUUCAAAGAGAACUCUACUCUUGCUAAGCAUCAGAGAAUCCAUACUAGAGAGAAACUUGAAUGUAAUCAGUGUGGAAAAAUUUUAAGAAAUAAAUACAUUCUUGCUGCACAUCAGAGAAUACACACUGGAAUGAGACCUUUUGAAUGCAAUCAGUGUGGAAAGGUUUUCACACAAAGGAGCCAUCUUGCUGCACAUCACAGGAUACACAGUGGAGAAAAGCCUUAUGGAUGUAAUCAAUGUGGAAAGGCUUUCACACAGAGCUCCAAUCUUGCUGCACAUCAGAGAAUACACAGUGGAAAGAGACCUUUUGAAUGCAAUCAGUGUGGAAAGGUUUUCACACAAAGGGGCCGUCUUGUUGCACAUCAGAGAAUCCACACAGGAGAGAAGCCUUAUGCAUGUAAUCAAUGUGGAAAGGCUUUCACCGAAAGCUCCCAUCUUGCUGCACAUCAGAGAAUCCACACUGGAGAGAAACCUUAUGUAUGUAAUCAGUGUGGAAAGGCUUUCAUAGAGAGGGGCUAUCUUACUAGACAUCAGAAAAUCCACUAUGGAGAAAAGCCUUAUGGAUGUAAUCAAUGUGGAAAGGCUUUCACACAGAACUCCAGUCUUGCUAAACAUCAGAGAAUCCACAGUGGAGAGAAACCAUAUGAAUGCAAUGAAUGUGGAAGGGCUUUUACACAGAAGGCCUAUCUCACUUCACAUAGGAGAAUCCACACUGGAGAAAAACCUUAUAUAUGUAAUCAGUGUGGAAGGGCUUUCAGACAGAGCUCCAUUCUUGCUACUCAUCAAAAAGUCCAUGGUCGAGGGAAGCCUUAGGGAUAUAAUCAAUGUGGAAAGGCUUUCAGAUUCCCCUCCAUCCUUACUUUACAUAAGAGAAUUCACACUGGAGAGAAACCCUAGGAACUUCAUUCUUCAUAUGAGGGCAUGAUAUAGUUAUUGUGUUCAUGUGUCAAUAAUCCUUAGCAGUGUUGGUUCAAAUUCAUGCAGUAUUCAUUAACUUCCUUACAUUCAAUAUUCAAUAACUGUUGGUGGGAAAAUUCACCAUAUGCACAUAUGUUCUCAAUUAUAUCCAAAUAAGUUUUUGAUAGGUUUUAAAAUUCCAGACUUGGUCUGCUCUGUAGGUAGGCUAGAGGAAGGGGGAGUACAUUUGGUGGACUUGAAAGGAUAACUUGCCAAUGGGAAUUUAAAACCUUCAAUUCACUGAAUAAGAACGGAGCAACUGCGAGAAAUGAUGGAGAGGAAAGCUGAUGGAAUGUUAGAUAAGGAGGACAAUCAGCACAAAUAGUACAUUGUGGAGUCUUACGUCAAUACAGUGAGGACUAGUUUACACCUAGUGAAUAAAGAGUUCGUUCAAAGAUAUAACUUUAUGGGGCAGCUAGGUGGCACAGUGAGUAGUACACAUGGCCUGUAGUUGGGAGGACCUGAGUUCAAAUGUGGGCUCAGACACUUGACACACUUCUUGCUGUGUGACCUUGGGCAAGUCACUUAACCACAAUUACACUGCCUUCCCCUGUCCAAAAACAUGUAACUUUACUAUAUGCUAAUUAUUAAAAUAUGUAGUUUGAUUAUUUUCUAUAUUAUGGCAGAUUAUUAUUGUUAUUAUCACUUAAAGUUUAACCCAUAAGUUACCUUACUUUGGCUAGGGGAGGUCCUAGUACCUUAAAUUGCAGCCUUAUAGAGACUUUGAACACUGUCAACAGGGCUGGGGAGAUCUGUUCACAGGUUAAGUCAGAAAUCCAAAGGAGCCUCACAGACAGAUUUCUUCAGGGGAUUUUGCUAUGCUUUUCUCCCAACAGUUAGUCACUUAUCAUUAGUUUCUUCAUUUAAACAAAAUGUACUUCAUUAUUUUUCAAAUAUUUUGUUGCAUCCUGUAAGAGACACAUGUAAGCUCUAAUAGUAUCCAUGUUAAAGGUAACCUGCUGUAACAACUUUUUUCUUAAGUUACAAGACAAGAGAAAAACAGUUCAAUACAAUGCAUUUUGAAAAGAUGAUACAGGGAAAAUCAGUCAUCCUGUCUCCAUUGACAUUUUAGUAAUUGUAUAUAAUGGCAUCAAAAACCUAGUAUUUAGUGUGGAGGAAGUAAAGUCAGUGAAAGAAAUAGCAAUAGUUCAUUUCUAUAGGAUUUACCACAGGCCUGGCUUUUCUCCUAAAGAAUUUCAGAGACCUGUGAGGUCUCCCACCCACCUUGCACUUGCCUCCCCCUGCUUCUAGAUGAUGGACUACCUGUCUCCUUCAAGGGUUUAAACUUGCCUCUUUCUGUGGUUUGUCCUUCCUUCUAGAAGAGGUCCAUGAUGUCAGGGAGGCAAUGCCAUGACAUGCGAGUCUGUUGGAUUUAAGUGAGGCAGAGCUGUGCCAAGUCACCAGCCUCACUUUCUCCUCCUGGGCCAUCUGGGUCCAGUGGGAAGAUGUAGAUCAGGACAACUGAAGAUGGCCCAGGAUGCAUUGGGGAUUUUGGCCAUUUCAAGCUUAGGUCUUUUGCAAGUCUGUUUGACUGAGGCAAGGCACAUUCCGGGAUUCAAGGCUCAAUGAGAAUUGAGGUAGAGAAUGGCCUCUUUACCUAGUUAAAAUUAAAAUAAAACAAACAGUUUUGUGAAUGGGGGAGACCCUCGGGAUUUCUGGCCAAGACAAACAAUUGCUAUUUAUAUUUUUUUAAAAAUGGGUAUUAACAUGAUAGAAGAAAACUUCAACCCAGAAGGGGAUUGAAGACUUGGGAGACUGCUGGGUAUGCUUUAAAUGCCAGAAACCUUUUAAGUUUGUUCUUGCUUCUAACAAUAAAUUAUUGUAUUGUA